AUGCUGAUAUCGCCCGCCGCCGUCCCCUCCGGGAGCUUCCAGUCGAAGGACCAGAGCAGGUUGGCGAGCAGGAGGUGCAACAUCCUCGCCGCCAGCGGUAGCCCCGGGCAGAUCCGCCGCCCCGCCCCGAAGGGGAUCAGCUCCAUGUGGCACCCUCUGAAGUCCACAUCGCCGCAUCCGCCGCCGGAGAAGCGCUCGGGCAGGAAGACGUCGGCGUCGGAGCCCCAUGUGGCCGGGUCUCUCCCAAUGGCCCACGCGUUAAUCAGAACCGUUGUCUCCGCCGGAACUGUGUAG